AUCAACCAGAACUACCUCUAAUGGAAGCUCUUUGAUCUCGCGAUACGGUAGCUGCCCCGCACUCGCUAUCACUGACACGAUAACUGGGCACUUUUAUCGCACUCCAACGUUCCAGAUUACAUAUCUUGCCCCAAACACAACAAGAUGCAGAACGGCGAUACCAACUCAGCCCAAAAUGGUUCAAUCAGCUCUGUCCCUCGGGACACGAGUCGCCCUCUCACAGAAGAGGAGCUCGAUAGAUACUCCCGUCAGAUCAUCGUACCUGGAAUGGGCAAGGAAGCCCAACUCCGUCUCAUAAACGCCAAAGUCCUCAUCAUCGGCGCCGGCGGCCUCGGCUGCCCAGCCGCGCAAUACAUUGCCGGCGCCGGCAUCGGCACCAUCGGCAUCGUCGACGGCGACACCGUCGAGCGCUCCAACCUGCACCGACAAGUCGGCCACUCCACCUCUCGCAUCGGGCAGACCAAAGUCUCGUCCCUCAUCACCCACCUCCGCGGCCUCAACCCACUCCCCACUUACGUCGCCCACACCACGCACAUCACCCCGCUCAACGCCGCCGACCUGAUCUCCCAAUACGACCUCAUCCUCGACUGCACCGACAACCCCGCCACCCGCUACCUGAUCUCCGACGUCUGCGUCCUCCUCUGCAAACCGCUCGUCUCCGCCGCCUCUGUGCAAACCUCCGGGCAAAUCAUCGUCCUCAACUGCCCGCCCACCCCGCAGGGUCAGCUCGACGGAGAGGGAGGGCCUUACCCGCCUUGCUACCGGUGCUGCUUCAAGAAACCGCCACCGGCUAACGCCCAGCUGUCGUGCGGCGAAGCGGGCAUCUUGGGCCCCGUGGUGGGAUUGAUGGGCGUGGCGCAGGCGGGGGAGGCGAUCAAGAUUAUUGCUUCUGCGCUGCAUGUCCCGCCGCCAGCAGAGGGAGCACCAAGAGCGCCGCCGGUGGAACCGACGCUGCUGCUGUACUCGUACUCGCUGACUUCGUUUUUGUCGCCGUUCACGUUUCGCGCGCUCAAGAUGGCGCCGAGGAAGAAGAGCUGCUUUGCCUGUGGCGAGGGGAGCAGGGAAAGGUUGACGCUGGAGGGGGUGAAGAAUGGGGAGCCGAAUUAUGAGUUUUUCUGUGGAUUGGGAGGGGGGCCUAAGGCAGGGGUUUUGUCAGAGGAGGAGAGGAUCACGCCAAGGGAGUUUGUUGAGAGGGUACAACGCAAAGAAGGAAAGGGGAAGUACGUGGUGCUGGAUACGAGGGAGAAGGAACAUUUUAGCUUUGGAAGCAUUGAGGGAGCGGUUAAUGUGCCGUUUGGGAAGUUGUUGAGUAAGGCUGCGCAGCUUGAGCGGAGCGGGGAGACGCCCGAGGUGGAGUACAUUGUACCGCCAGAGGUGAAGAUCGAGGAUGAAGGUGAGGACGUCCCAAUAUACGUGGUUUGUAGAAGGGGCUUGGACUCGCAGGAGGCGGUGGAAAAGUUGAAGGAGAUGGGACUUGAUAAAGGAGGGAAGAGGAAGAUUGUGGAUAUUGCUGGAGGAAUGAAGGCUUGGAAGGAGCAGGUUGAUCCAAGUUUCCCAUACCUAUAGCCAGAGUCUAUCUGGUCUUUUGAGGAGACGCGCUAGAUUUCUCUGCUAUGGCGAGUUCCUCAACCUGCGUCCAAGACGUACAUAAUACAUAUAAUGAAUGAGCAGAAAGUCUCCAAGACAGUUGAAGGACAAUGAACAAACAAGAAAAUGGUUCUUCAAUGA